CCUGCUGUCUGGCUCCUGUAGGAUACUGAAUAGGUUGUCUCAUGAUCUUUUCUUCUUGGGGGCCGGGGCUGAUGUCAGGGCUGGGGAGAAGGCAGGAGCCGCAGAGCCAGGAGCAGCCCUGAGACUCGGAGAGCUGGAGCUGAGGGAAGAAUGGCAAGACGAGGAGUUUCCCAGAUUGCUUCCGGAGGAGGCUGGCUCAGCUGGAGAUCCCGAAGACCCUCAGAGAGACUCACAGGCCGCCACAGGUACCCCCAGCACGCUGGCCCUGUGUGGCCAGCGCCCUAUGCGGAAGCGUCUCUCUGCACCAGAAUUACAGCUGAAUCUGACCGAGGGAAGAGGAAAAACUGGAGCUUCUCCCAACCAUUCUGAAUCUUCCUCUUCGGAUGGCAGCUUGGACCUGGAGGUGGAUGAGCUGGAGACACCAUCCGACUCCGAGCAGCUUGACAGCGGACAUGAAUUUGAAUGGGAAGAUGAUUUGCCUCGGGCAGAAGGCCUGGGGGCCAGCGAGGCAGCUGAGAGGCUGGGCCGGGGUUGUGUGUGGGACGUGGCUGGAGAAGAUGGCCACCGCUGGAGAGUGUUCCGGACAGGACAGCGAGAGCAGCGAGUGGACAUGACCAUCAUUGAGCCCUAUAGGAAAGUGCUCUCUCAUGGAGGUUACCAUGGUGAUGGCCUCAAUGCUGUCAUCCUCUUUGCUUCCUGCUAUCUACCCCCAAGCAGCGUUCCCAACUACACCUAUGUCAUGGAACACUUGUUCAGGUAUAUGGUGGGAACUCUGGAACUGCUGGUAGCUGAAAAUUAUCUGCUCGUUCACUUGAGUGGAGGCACACGCAGGGCCCAGGUACCGCCUCUGGGCUGGAUACGCCAGUGUUACCGCACCUUGGAUAGGAGGCUUCGGAAAAACCUUAGAGCCCUGGUGGUUGUCCACGCUACGUGGUAUGUGAAGGCAUUCCUGGCACUGGUUCGGCCCUUUAUCAGUUCCAAGUUCACACGAAAGAUCCGAUUUCUGGACAGCCUUGGGGAGCUGGCUCAACUCAUCUCCCUAGAUCAAGUCCACAUCCCUGAAGUUGUCAGACAGCUGGACCAGGAUCUCCAUGGCUCAAAGGCACCUAACACAAAACUGGACAAGGGGCCGUAGACUCAGGCCAAGAUGGUGAAUGCUCUGCACACUGGAGCUGUUCUGUAAAUCAUCUCAUCCUGACCCCCUGCCCCAAGUUCCACUGGAUCCCCGCUUCUGGACACUGCCUUCAAGCUGGGAUUUGAGGGUGGGAACCCUAUAUGUGGGGUGACUUGCACUUCGGCUUCCAAAAGGAAGACCAAGUGUGGUACUGGAAGAGCAGGGCUCUGGGUUUUAAUUCUGCUUUAGCUAUAAAACAUGUGGGUCUCAUAUUCCUUCUCUGUAAUCAAAACCUCUGGGAUCCUUCCCAGAUGGUUGUAAGAUGGCAGCCGUUUGAGGGGAGGUCGAGGGAAGGUGAGGGUUUAACCAACAACCACAGCCAGCCUGUCUGCUGGGAUCCCAGGAGCCAGCUUGCAGACUCUUGA